UACCCAAUCAUCUUAAUUUUUUACAUAAAUAUUUUAGCUAACGAGUAUUAAAAAAUAACCCAUUCGAAUUACUAGAUCAACCCCAAAAUGGAUUCAUUCAAAUAUUCUCUCAAGUUGUUGAAAUAACAAACCUGUGGAAAUCCAAACUUAUAUACCAUUUCUCUAAUUUUUUUUACUUGUAAAUCACUUUUUCCUUGUUUGUCUUUUCCUUAUCCCCUUGUAAAUCCUUGAUAGAAACAUAACCAGUGUGAAAUUAAGAACGAAGAACCGAAGAGAUUGAGAGAAACCAUGGGGACCGAAUUGCACAUUACAAUUUCAUUAUUAUCAGAGAAAUUGCAGAAUCUGCUAGCGCUUGCCAAGGGAAGAUUUUUAAUCUUUCCUGGACUCAGAAAGAGCUUGCGUGUUACCAUCAACGAACUCAAACUGAUUUUGAGCUUCCUCGAAGUCGAAGCAGAGAAUAACACCAGUUGUAACAAUUCGCUAAAGGCUCGUCUUCUUCCUACUGUUUACUUUGCAGAACACAUCACCGAUGUUUUCCUCCUAAAUGCAAACAGAACAAGAAGAAGAUCAGAUGGUGUUAGUGCAGCGUGUCAAAUUAUUCUUCAAAAGCCAUUAAUGGUGUUUCCACCACGGAGACAAGUUCAAUUCACCACCAAAAUGAAGAAAAUCGUAAAUCAUUUCAGAGCUUCCUAUGGUGAAUUUGCAGAUCGGUUAGAAGCACGCAUCGCUCACGAUCUCACAACCAAUACUACACUUGAAUUUGAUCAUCACACACUUAGUCGAGCAAUUAAAAACUACCGACCUGAUAAUGACAUAUUUGUUGGACGCGAAGAUGCUGAAAAAGAGAUCGUAGCACGAUUGAUCGACGAAAACGAGAAAAGCCUCCGCGUGAUUUCGCUAGUUGGCGAAGAAGCAAUCGGAAAGACAACUCUGGCAAGAAAAGUUUACAACAGACUAGACAUUCGGCAGCAUUUCCAGUCCCGUGCUUGGCUCCAUGUUCCGAAAGAAUUUUCAUACAAAGAUGUACUACUUGUCAUACUCAGACAGACUCCAAAUUUAUUGAAAGACAUAGAGCUAAUGAAGGAGAACGAACUCUCAAUUUUCCUUUUCAAGAUUUUAAUGGAGCUCAGGUUUCUAAUAGUCUUGGAUGAUAUCUGCACCACUGAUGACUGGCUCAAAUUUGUGAGUCCCUUCGCAGACGCCGAGAAUGGUAGCAGAGUCAUAAUCACUACUCGCCACUCUAAGGUCGCGUCAGAGGUAGAUCCGUGGAGUCAUCCUCUGAAUCUGAUGCAGUUAACAGAAGAGGAUACUUGGGCAUUGUUCUUGGACAAAGCGGAACCAGACAAUAGUUCACAUAAUAAUUUAAACAAUGUCAAGGCUGAAAUUCUGAGAUUGUGUCGCGGUUUGCCUAUGGCAAUUGUCUUGUUGGGAGGCUUGUUGUCGACUGUAGAAUUAAGCGAGUGGUCAACAGUCAUUGAUCAUCUCCUUGCUCAGGAUCAUCAUUUCUUAAAAUGUAUUGUUGAUUUGAGCUAUGAAAAAUUAUCAUCUAGAUUGAAGCUUUGUUUUCUUUAUUUGGCUAUGUUUCCUAAAUCGUAUGAGAUUCCAACGCGGAGGUUAUUGCAGUUGUGGGUUGCUGAGGGGUUUGUUCAAACAUCAAAUGAACCAAGCAUCGACUCUCAAGAUAUGGCCAUGACAUGUUUGAAAGAACUAGAGCGAAGAAACAUGAUUGAAAUUGCGGAAAGGAAAUCAGACGGAAGCCCCAAGACAUGUCGUAUGCCGUGUUUCCUCUACAAUAUCUUCUUACCAAAAGCCGAGGAUAUAGGAUUUCUUCACGUCCACCGUCUCAAUUCAGAUUGCACAGUUGCAGAUUCACAUAUUAUUCGGAGGAUUGCAGAUCAGUUUCUUGGGGUUAAGUCUACUUCAGAAUCUCAUACCCAAAAUCUAUGUUCUUAUGUUUCUUUCGAAGCCCAAAAGCGAGUUACAUCCAACACAAAAAUUGGUAAUUUGCUUAAUUCAGUAGUCAAUAAGGGGAAAAGUUUUGUUCCUUUGAAGGUGCUUGAUUUAGAGGGUGUCUACAAACCUUGGCUACCCGAGAAACUCGGCCAGUACUUGAAGAACCUAAGGUACAUAGGCUUGCGAUGGACCGGCCUAUACACAUGUCCGGAGUCUAUUGGGGAUUUGCAAUGCCUAGAGACUUUAGAUUUGAAGUAUACUAAUAUAACCACUUGCCAAGUUCAAUUUGGAAGGCAAAGAGCCUUCGGCAUCUCUAUAUGACCGGGGUGUCCAUUCGAAAGCCAUCAUCGAAAGAGUCUUUGACUUCAACAUCCAAACUUGAGACGUUAACGGGGCUCCUGAUUGGUUCUAAAGAGGAAUCUGAUAAAGAAAAUGACAACUAUCGCCUGGACCGGUUCACAGGCCUAAAGAAAUUAGGACUCACUUGCCAUUCUAAAUCGGUAGAUAAAACAGUUGAGUGCAUUUCACGACUCGACAAACUUGAAACCUUGAAAUUGAGAUCAAGAGACCUUCCAUUCGGUCAACCUUCAGACCUCGUGUUGAGUCCUUUAAAAGACCAUCAGACUCUGUCAAAAUUACAUUUGUUUGGACUGAUAAAAGAUGGGAUACACAAUCUUCCUCUCAAUCUCAAAAUCCUAACAUUGUCGAUGUCGGGACUAAGAAAAGAUUCGAUGCGUGUGCUAGGGAAGCUGCCUCGGCUAAACAUCCUCAACCUUUUCACAAGCGCCUAUGUUGGGGAGAAAAUAAGAUGUCUUUCUGGGGAAUUUCUCGAACUCCGCGUCUUGAAAUUGUGGAAGCUGGAAGAUUUAAGGCAAUGGACAGUGAGGAAGGGAGCUCUGCCCCAACUUGUGGAAUUAGAAAUUAGAGGUUGUGAUAAUCUGGAAAACUUGGAGGGGUUAAAGGAGCUGCCUGAAUUGAAAGAAUUGAUUUUAACAAACAUGCCACAAGAGUUUGUAGCAGAUUUGAGAGAAAAGUUGGACAGAGACAGAGACAUAGUAGUCACCAAUGAGUGGAAGUCUUUCCCCCUUGCCUGAUUAGUACUUAUGGAGGCUGGAGGCAAAUCUAGAUUGCAGCUUGCUGAUGAACUGCUUGAAAGUGAAGACAACCAACCACACUUCUAAGAAAGAAAAUACUUAUGCUGACAAUCUAACAAAUCAAGGAAUUCUGCUAAUAAAAGAAACUCAUAUUUUUCAACAUUCCCCUCCUUGUAUUUGUAAUCAAAUGUUUGAUGAUGCUUGCUAGGAUGGUCUACUAUCCUAGAACCUUGUAGCCAUUUACUUUUUUUAUCCAUAAUAUUACUGCUUUACUGUUACCAAAAAAAAAAGAAUGUCCAUUUCGCAGCUUGCUGUAUUAAUACUCUUCACAUCACUGUGCUUUUCUUUGUAAAAUAAAGUUGCAACUCUGUUUCAAUU